AUGUGGCAGAAACUAUUGAAAUUUGGCAUUUCCUCAGUGCCCAACACGCAGGCGCUUAAUCACUGUUCAUUCAGUGCUUUUACUCUGUGCCAGAACAUUCAAAUAAAAACUUUGGCCGAUGAUGUGCGAGACCGAAUUACAAGUUUUAGAAAAUCUGCCGUCAAGAAAGAGAAACCUCUCAUUCAGCACCCCAUUGACUCUCAAGUUGCCCUGACUGAGUUUCCAGCGUCACAACUAUUAUAUGAAGAGCGAUCCCAGAAUUUGUCCGAAAAGGAAGUGCAGGAUAUUUUUGAAAAAAUGAUGGAAGACAUGAAUCUAAAUGAAGAACGAAAAGCUCCCCUCCGAGAUAAAGAUUUUGGCACCAAGCAUGAGAUGGUUGUCCAGUACAUCUCCGCCACUUCCAAGUCGAUAGUUGGAAGUAAAGUUAUGGGAGGUCUGAAAAAUAGCAAGCAUGAAUGUACCUUAUCUUCCCAAGAAUAUAUCCAUGAAUUACGGUCUGGCAUCUCAGAAGAGAAACUUCUUAACUGCCUCGAGUCUUUGAGGGUGUCCUUAACCAGCAAUCCUGUCAGUUGGGUUAACAACUUUGGCCAUGAAGGUCUUGGAGUCUUGUUGGAUCUAUUAGAGAAACUUCUGGAUAAAAAACAGCAAGAAAGUAUUGACAAGAAGAAUCAGCAUAAACUUAUUCAAUGCCUGAGAGCAUUUAUGAAUAACAAGUUUGGGUUGCAAAGAAUCCUAGGUGAUGAAAGAAGCCUUUUGUUGCUAGCAAGGGCAAUUGACCCCAGACAGCCCAACAUGAUGACGGAAAUAGUAAAAAUACUUUCUGCUAUUUGCAUUGUUGGAGAAGAUAACAUUCUGGACAAACUUUUAGGCGCUAUCACUACAGCAGCUGAAAGAAACAAUAAAGAACGAUUUUCACCGAUUGUAGAAGGACUGGAAAACCAUGAAGCCUUGCAGUUACAGGUUGCCUGCAUGCAAUUUAUAAAUGCCCUUGUUACCUCUCCUUAUGAACUUGAUUUUCGGAUACAUUUAAGAAAUGAGUUUCUCCGUUCUGGACUUAAGAAACUGUUACCAGGUCUGAAAGAAAAAGACAAUGAUGAACUUGAUAUCCAGUUGAGAGUAUUUGAUGAGAACAAAGAUGAUGACCUAAAUGAAUUAUCACAUCGUCUCAAUGACAUUCGAGCGGAAAUGGAUGAUAUGAAUGAAGUUUAUCAUCUUCUGUAUAACAUGCUAAAGGACACUUCUUCUGAAAAUUACUUGCUCUCCAUUCUACAACAUUUCUUGCUCAUCAGAAAUGAUUAUUAUGUCAGGCCUCAGUAUUAUAAGAUCAUUGAAGAGUGUGUUUCACAGAUAGUGCUCCAUGGCAGUGGCAUGGACCCAGACUUCAAAUAUCGACAGAGAUUAGAUGUUGACUUUACUCACCUAAUAGAUGCAUGUGUAGACAAAGCUAAAGUAGAAGAAAGUGAACAAAAGGCAGCGGAAUUUUCCAAAAAGUUUGAUGAGGAAUUCACAGCACGACAGGAGGCCCAGGCUGAACUUCAACGACGAGAGGAGAAAAUACAAGAACUCGAGACGGAACUUCAGCAGCUCCGAACUCAGGGACAUGGACUUUCCGGGUCAUCAGGAGGUCUACUACCUCCAUCGCCGCUCCCAGUACCAGGUGGUGUUGUUCCUCCUCCUCCGCCUCCUCCUCCUCCACCACCGCUGCCCGGUAGAAUUCCUUCUCCUCCUCCUCCUCCUUUGCUUGGAGGAGCUGUACCACCAGCACCUCCUUUAUUUGGGGGAUCGCCUCCUCCACCACCUCUGGGUGGUAUUCCUCCUCCUCCUGGAGCACCUCCUUCCCUACCUUUUGGAAUGAAGGAAAAAAAAUUAUACAAACCAGAAGUGACCAUGAAAAGAAUCAAUUGGUCCAAGAUUGAACCACAGGAAAUAUCAGAAAACUGUUUCUGGUUAAAAGUUAAGGAAAAUAAGUUUGAAAAUCCAGAUCUCUUUGCAAAACUGGCACUCACUUUUGCCACACAGAUGAAAGUUAAAAAGAACAUUGAUGUCCCAGAAGAAAAGAAAGUUGCUCCCAAGAAGAAAGUUAAAGAAUUGAGAAUUUUGGAUGGAAAAACGGCUCAGAAUCUGUCCAUCUUCCUUGGUUCUUAUCGCAUGUCUUACGAAGACAUAAAAAACAUCAUUCUGGAGGUGAAUGAAGACAUGUUGAGUGAGUCCUUGAUUCAUAACCUGGUAAAGAAUCUUCCUGAGCAGAAGGAACUUAGUGCCUUAGCCCAACUGAAGGAUGAAUAUGCCGACCUCUGUGAGCCUGAACAGUUUGGAGUUGUGAUGAGCUCAGUGAAAAUGUUAAGACCUCGUCUCCAUAGCAUCCUUUUCAAGCUCACGUUUGAAGAACAUGUAAACAACAUCAAACCCAGCAUCAUGGCAGUAACUCUAGCCUGUGAAGAAAUGAAAAAGAGUGAAAGCUUUAAUCGACUCUUAGAGCUGGUUCUCCUGGUUGGCAACUACAUGAACUCAGGCUCCCGAAAUGCCCAAUCGCUGGGUUUCAACAUCAACUUUCUUUGUAAGAUCAGAGAUACUAAAUCAUCAGAUCAAAAGACCACGCUGUUACAUUUUCUUGCUGAAAUUUGUGAGGAAAAAUACCGGGACAUCCUUAAAUUCCCAGAUGAAUUGGAGCAUGUUGAAAGUGCAAGCAAGGUUUCAGCUCAGACUCUCAAGAGCAACCUUGAGACCAUGGAACAACAGAUUGCUCGCCUGGAAAGUGACAUUACCAAAUUUACUAAGACAGAAGACAAACACGACAAGUUUGUGGAAAAGAUGACCAGCUUUGCGAAGAGUGCCAGAGACCAGUAUGAAAAGUUGUUCACCAUGCACAACAACAUGAUAAAACUCUACGACAAUCUUGGCGAGUACUUCAUUUUUGACACCAAAACGGUGGCAAUCGACGAGUUCUUCGGUGACCUCAGCAGCUUCCGCACCUUGUUUCUGGAAGCAGUGAAGGAAAACAACAAGAGAAGAGAAAUAGAGGAGAAGAGCAAGAGAGCCAAGCUUGCCAAAGAGAAAGCUGAGCAAGAAAAGAUGGAACGACAGAAGAAGAAGAAACAGCUGAUGGAGACGAACAAAGAGGGUGAGACAGGUGUGAUGGAUAAUCUGCUGGAGGCCCUGCAAUCAGGUGCAGCCUUCCGAGAUCGAAGGAAGCGGAUACAGAGAAAUCCAGAUAACAGACGAGCACCUUUAGAAAGGUCACGUUCCCGCCACAAUGGAGCCGUCGCAUCCGCAUGAGUCCCGUGGGCCAAAGACCUCGGAGAGUGGCGGUGGAAGCCAAGCGGCAUUUUGAGCAGAGUUCAGCAUGGGCUUGCGUUGACAAAGAAGAAAGUGAAUAAAAUACAAGUUCUGUGUCUCUGUAAAUCUACUGCUAAAUCCCAAAGCCCCGUGAUUGUACUAAUAGAAACACAAUUACCAGAGUCAGCAGUGAGGGUGUUCAGUGUAAGGACUUGCAUUGGGUGUGUAUUCUCAGGUGGGCUGCUGAGGAGGGACAGGUGAGGAAAGGAAGACACCUGCCACUGGCUCGAGGAGGAGAGAAGAGAAAGCUCUUCAAAGGGAAGAAGCCCAUUUCUGGGCCUCUCAAUGAAGACCAAGAACACCGCUUUGGAGAAACCACCUUCGCACUUGCAGAACUCCAUUUCUAUGGCUUCUGGUCCCCAGGGAAAUCAAAUGAAUUCAGGUGCUUUCGCUGAAAUUAAACUUUUCAUCAAGCUA